AUGUCUAAUUGUGAAAUCAUCAAAUCUCUCGUAUCGGAAUGCCAACAAAACAACAAGGAAGAACCAACUAAGUGUGCAUGGGCUGUUAAAGCUUUGGAUUUGUGCACAAACAAGACAACAAUAGAACAUGAAUUGUCUGCUAUUGAAAAAAGUUUGGAAGAAGGACCAAGAGUACCACAAAAGAAGAUUUGUUGCUCUUGUCCCGAUAUCAAAAAGAUUAGAGAUAGUUGUUUAAUUACACACGGAGAAGAAAAUGUUGAAUGUAAAUAUUUAAUUAGUGCUUAUAGACUUUGUCUGAGGGAUCUCGGAUUUACUAGAGAGCAAGUUAAAUUGUAA